UAUUCUUUUGGGACUUUUGUUGUCUCUUCUCUACGGACUCAUUGUUCCCAUUUAUGCCUUCAUUUUCGGCGCUUUCGUCGAAGUGUUCGCCACCGAAGACGACCCGCGAGACAUAUGGCGGCGCUGUUCGCCGUUCGCCUUCUAUUACAUCGGAAUAGCGGUCGCCGUCGGACUCAUAUCCGUCGCGCAAAUGACGGCUCUCGGAGUGGCCGGCGAACGGCUCACUCUGCGUCUGCGCAAACUCGCCUUCGACGCCAUUCUGCGCCAAGAGAUCCGAUGGUUCGACAGACAGGACAACAGUUGCGGCGCUCUUUGCGCGCGACUCUCGGCCGACGCCGCCAACGUCCAGGGCGCCUCGGGCUCGCGAAUGGCGAUCAUUUGUCAAGCGUUGUCCACUUUCCUCGCGUCCGCCAUCUUGGGAUUCGUGUUGUCGUGGAAACUGUCGCUCGUGGCGAUGCUCUUCAUCCCCUUCAUCCUCGUGGGGUCGGCGGUGGGCGCCUCCGUCGACAACUGGGAGCUCAAGGCCAACAAACAGUGUUUGGAGCGCUCGACGAAAGUGGCCACAGAAGCGCUGUCUUCCAUCCGAACCGUCGCUUCUCU